AUGCCUUCCGGUGAAUCCUUCACAAUUUCAGCUCUCGGAAAAGACGUCGAUCUCAUCGAUAACUCGUUUAUCGGUAGAAUCUGUGACAACAGUCGGAGAAUCAAGCUUUUGGUUCCUGAAAUCGCAACUCCGACGAGUCUGGCGAGGGCGCUGGGGUUGGGACGUGGGCGGAAAGUGCUAUGUCCGGUGCCAUUGGUGGUGGGGUUGGAAGAACCACGAGUCGUCCCUGAUUUCUUACGAGAUUUGGUUUCAAAGGGAUGGGUGGCGGUGAGGGUGAACGCCUACGAGACACCAUGGAUGGGAGCGAUGUGUGCGGCGACGCUGUUGGUUUCAAAGGGAUGGGAGUGGUGGAUGCGAUUGUGUUUACAAGUAGAAGUGGAAGAGAUGUUGAAGAAUUUAAGAGUGAUGGGUUUGGAUUGGGAAACUGUGAGGAGGGAGAAAAACAAAUGCUUUAAUAAUGUUUAA